AUGUUUCUGCGGCCUACUGUUUCCCAGCAGCAGAGGAUAUUAGCUCAUGCUCUUCCCUUCCAACAUGCCGCAGGUUCCCAUGGUGGCCUGGAAUUUGGCCCGCCGCAAGCUUCKAUUCGCCACGUCUCCUCGUCACGGUGGAUAACUCAAUCAGCUUCCGUGGCGAGCCAAAGUCUUUCUUAUCCUCUAGCCCAGAGCAGUGGACGUUCCUUGCUUUCUGUUCGCACUGGACGCGUUUCCGGUGUGAUUGCGACACAUUCCUCGGCUGGUCGAUCGUUUAAACUGGUGGCCGCGCCAGCUUUUCCUCCUUACCUGCCUUCGAGAGGAUCGUCGUCGCGGCCUUCGGAAUCUGUUACCAUGCCAGCCAGCGCGGUUGCGCGGGAUGACACCCUCGAGAUCGGAUUUGUCCCACAAGCAUCAAAGUCAAAUGACGAGCCAUCUCAGGACGUUCCUUCAGAUCCAGAAUCGGAUGACGAUGUUCCUGUUGAAGCUGAGGAGCUUCAGGAUGCUCUCUCGCGUCCCCCACCUGUGAAUAGUAGCUACCUUCCUCUCCCCUGGAGGGGCCGAUUAGGCUAUGCUUGUCUGAAUACAUAUCUACGGAACGCGAACCCGCCAGUGUUCUGCUCUCGGACCUGUCGCAUUGCGUCCAUUCUCGAAAACAGACACCCACUUGCGGAUCCCUCACAGCCGCCUCAUCCGACCAAGAACCGGCCUGAUCGGGAUCUGACGCCUGAUGUUGCCCGCGGACAGGCUUAUGUUGAGUCUCUGGGGCUCGCCAAUGCGAGAGAUCUCAUUAAGCUCCUGCGCUGGAAUGAGAAAUAUGGCAUCAAAUUCAUGCGGCUGAGCAGUGAGAUGUUCCCUUUCGCCAGCCAUAAAGAGUAUGGCUAUAAACUUGCCCCGUUUGCAUCAGAGGUUCUCGCUGAGGUUGGACGUGUGGUUGCCGAGCUUGGUCAUCGAGUGUCCGUACAUCCGGGCCAGUUUACUCAGCUUGGUUCGCCCAGGGUGGAAGUCAUUGAGAGCUCGAUCCGCGACCUAGAAUAUCACUCAGAGAUGUUGCAGCUCCUUAAGUUGCCUCCGCAGCAAGAUCGUGACGCUGUCAUGAUCCUCCACAUGGGUGGUGUAUUCGGCGAUAAAGAGGCCACACUGGACCGGUUCCGGGAGAAUUACAAAGGUCUUUCCCAGGAUAUCAAGAAUCGGCUCGUCCUGGAGAAUGACGACGUAAGCUGGUCAGUGCAUGAUUUGCUGCCCAUUUGUGAGGAACUGAAUAUACCGCUUGUCCUCGACUUUCAUCACCACAACAUCGUGUUCGACUCCACCCAAGUGCGCGAGGGCACUUUAGAUAUCAUGGACCUUUUCGACCGGAUCAGGGUAACUUGGACACGUAAGGAGAUCACGCAGAAAAUGCAUUAUUCUGAACCUGUUUCCUCCGCCAUCACAAAUCGACAGCGGCGAAAGCACAGCGAUCGUGUGUCCACGCUCCCACCAUGCGACCCCACCAUGGAUUUAAUGAUCGAGGCCAAAGACAAGGAGCAAGCCGUUUUCGAAUUGAUGAGGCGGUUUAAACUGCCUGGGCAUGACCUUUUCAAUGAUAUAUUGCCCUACACGCGAACCGAUGAGAACAAACCUUUCAAGCCACCUCGCAAAACCAAGAAGAACGGAGGGUUCGUUGACCUCGAAGCUCAUGUCCCUCCUGUUUCUACCGUUCCCGAGGAAGAAGUAGGCAUGGGAGGUCCGGAAAGAAGAGUGUAUUGGCCACCAGGUAUGGAAGAGUGGCUUCGGCCGAAGAAGAUCAUUCGUGUCAAAGCAGGCCAGAGCUCGGCAAAACCGAAUGCAUCGAAGAAGGCAAAGGCAAAUGAGGACUCGCCGCAAAUAAAGGACGAGGAUGCUGAUGACGAUGACGAGGGGCCAGCGACUCCGAAGCGUAAGACUUCUCGUCCACUCAAACGCACUGCGAGUGUGAAAAAGCAGACAAGCAGGAAACGGAAAGCUUCACCGACUCCGCCUUCUACUCCAUCGGUCUCUGAUGUCGAGGGUUUAGAUCUGGCGGAACCGCCCAAUCUUUCUCGUACUGAGCCUGCCAAUACCCGUCGUAGUCGACGCGCAAAGACCGCGAACAGGGUUAAUUACGCCGAGGAGAGCGACUCUAUAUAG